GAACCAUGGCAGCCUCCGCGCUGCUGCCUGCUCACGUCACGCGCUUCGAGUCCGUGCCAGGGCUUGCAAGCUGGAAUGCCGCCACGCGUGUGGAAAACAUAUCGCGGGUGUCCACGUGGCAGGAUGACCUGGACCGCCUGCCGCCCCUUAACUCCACCAAUCGCCGUCGACUCGCUGCGUGCGACUACACGAUGGGGCGGUGGGUGUACGACGCGCGGCGCCGGUCGUACAGCAGCAAGUGCGCGUGGAUCCGCUCGGCCUUCAACUGCGAGCGGAACGGGCGGCGCGACACGGGGUACACCAAGUACGCGUGGAAGCCCAGCGCGUGCACCGUCCGACGCUUCGACCGCGCCUACUUCAAAGCCUUGCUCCGCAACAAGGUGGUGGCGUUCGUGGGCGACUCGUUUUCGCGCAACGUGCAGCAGGCCAUCGCGUGCGAGCUGGGCGUGGACGACCACGUGGAGCCGUGGUCGGGGUGGCUGGGCGGCACACUCGUGUCGGGGCUGGCCGUGCCGCGCUACAACCUCAAGCUCGUGGCCGUGGUGGCGCCGUACCUGGUGCGCUACAGCAACCAGGACUGGGCGUUCAGGCAGUAUGGGCUGCGGCCGGGCGAUGGCAGCCGCUACGUGGUGUGGCUGGACCACAUGGACGACCAGUGGGCGGCCGUGCUGCAGCACGUGGACCUGGCUGUGUUCAUGUCGGGCCACUGGUUCCUGGACAAGCAGGGCGCCGAGGCCGUGCGCUCCACCGUGUAUGUGGCCAACAACCGGGUGGUGCGGUUGAGCGGCAUGAGCGCGUACCGCGCCGCCAUCCGCAGUGUGAAGCGGUUCGUGACCGUGGAGCAGAGGUACCGUGGCGUGCCCAUGUGGCUCACCUACUCCCCCUCCCACUACUCGAGAGGUAACCCCCCCACAUGCCGCCACACCACACCCAUAUCUACGAAGAGAGUUCAAACCAUGGUGGCCCGUGACAUCUCCACAGCUUUCAGAAGGCUGGAGGUGAGGGAGCUGAAGAAGUCACCCUUUCGAAUAAUCGACAUCACCCGCAUUUCCCUCUUCCGCCCAGAUGCACAUGUGAAGCGUUUCUAUGGAGCCAAGACAAACAGCAAAACAAAGUGGGACUGCACCCACUGGUGUUUACCUGGACUUCCAGACGUCUGGGCCGACAUAUUCCAGUUUGUUCUCAAAACGCAAUUGAGACGACACAAGAAGUAA